GCGCGAAACCUAGAAGUGACGUCGGAAGCGGCUGACGUUCUUUAUGACGGAGCUGUUCUAGUGGUGUCGACUGUCACUCUCGUGAGCAGCGCAGGGGUCGGUGGAGCCAAUACCAACUCCAGUGCAUGACCAGUUAACAACGGCUGUCGGUACAAAGUGCAAAACGCAAAUAGGAGUAAAAGGUCAAGGGCUUUUGGAACGUGACCGUCCUUCUACAGGAAAUUGAAACACAUUUUCCGUUUUGGGCUAAAGAAGGAGGUGACACUUCUCCUUUCUUUUGUGGCACUGGGGACAUCCAGGAACUUGUGAGUGUGGGUGGUGUUCAUUCAAUAGACUGCGAUGCACCGCUUAAGGACUUGUGCGGCACGGCUCCGGCCAAUCACGGCCUCACAGACUGCUAAAAAUCUAUCACAGCAGAGGCCAGCAGCCACCCCUAGGACGUUUCAGCCAUUCAGGUGCUACACGGCACCGGUGGCCGCAGAGCCGUUUCUGAAUGGAACGAGCUCUAACUAUGUCGAGGAGAUGUACUAUGCAUGGUUGGAGAAUCCCAAAAGUGUGCACAAGUCUUGGGACAUUUUCUUCAGGAAUGCUAAUGCUGGUGCUCCUCCAGGUACAGCCUACCAGAGUCCUCCUCCACUGGGAGUGAGUCUAGCCGGGCUUACUCAGGCCCAGUCUCUGGUGGGGGCCCAGCCGAAUGUGGAGAAACUGGUGGAAGACCAUUUGGCAGUCCAGUCCCUCAUCAGGGCCUAUCAGAUACGUGGUCACCAUGUGGCUCAGCUGGACCCUCUUGGGAUUAUGGAUGCUGAUCUGGAUUCAUGUGUUCCCACCGACAUUAUUACAUCAUCGGAUAAACUCGACCUUACACAUGUCAAGAAGCGUCUAAGUGCUCUAACCAUUGGAGAGUCUGAAUUUCACUUUGCUGAAAUUUCUCAAACCUGUAAUUGGGAAAAGGGUUUCUAUGGGUUGGAAGAGUCUGAUCUAGAUAAAGUAUUCCGAUUGCCCACCACCACCUUUAUUGGGGGCAAUGAGAGCGCUCUGCCCCUCAGGGAGAUCAUCCGCCGCUUGGAGAUGGCAUAUUGCCAACACAUAGGGGUUGAGUUCAUGUUCAUCAAUGACCUGGACCAGUGUCAGUGGAUCAGACAGAAGUUUGAGAGGCCUGGAGUCAUGCAGUUCAGCCUCGAGGAGAAGCGGACACUGCUGGCUCGCAUGGUUCGCUCCACCAGGUUUGAGGAGUUCCUGCAGAGGAAAUGGUCAUCUGAGAAGCGCUUUGGACUGGAGGGCUGUGAGAGUCUGAUUCCUGCGCUCAAAACCAUCAUUGAUAAAUCCAGCCAGAAUGGAGUAGACGCUGUCAUCAUGGGCAUGCCUCACAGAGGGCGUCUGAAUGUGCUUGCCAAUGUGAUCCGUAAGGAACUGGAGCAGAUUUUCUGUCAGUUUGACUCUAAAUUGGAAGCUGCUGAUGAGGGUUCAGGAGAUGUCAAGUACCACUUGGGCAUGUACCACAGGAGGAUAAAUCGUGUGACUGACAGGAAUAUUACAUUGUCAUUGGUGGCCAACCCUUCCCAUCUAGAAGCGGUGAACCCGGUGGUGCAGGGCAAGACUAAGGCAGAUCAGUUCUAUUGUGGAGACACAGAUGGCAAUCGGGUGAUGUCCAUUCUACUCCAUGGUGAUGCUGCAUUCGCAGGUCAGGGCAUUGUCUAUGAAACCUUUCAUCUGAGUGAUCUGCCCUCCUACACCACACAUGGCACUGUGCAUGUGGUUGUCAACAACCAGAUUGGUUUCACCACAGAUCCUCGUAUGGCACGUUCCUCUCCGUAUCCCACUGAUGUUGCCCGUGUGGUCAAUGCCCCGAUAUUCCACGUCAAUGCAGAUGAUCCUGAAGCUGUGAUGUACGUUUGCAAUGUGGCCGCAGAGUGGAGAGCCACCUUCCACAAAGAUGUGGUGGUAGACCUGGUAUGUUAUCGCCGUAACGGCCACAACGAGAUGGAUGAGCCGAUGUUCACCCAGCCACUGAUGUACAAACAGAUCAAGAAACAGAAAGGAGUUCUUCAGAAAUAUGCUGAGAAGCUCAUUGCCGAAGGUGCCGUCUCACGACAAGAGUAUGAGGAAGAGAUUUCCAAGUAUGACAAAAUCUGUGAGGAAGCUCAUGCUCGCUCAAAGGAUGAGAAGAUCCUCCACAUCAAGCACUGGCUGGACUCCCCCUGGCCAGGUUUUUUUACUCUGGAUGGCCAGCCCAAGAGUAUGAGCUGCCCAUCCACUGGUCUGCCAGAGGAGGAUCUGACCCACAUUGGUCAAGUGGCGUCAUCAGUACCCGUAGAGGAUUUCACAAUUCAUGGAGGUCUGAGUCGUAUUCUGAAGGGCCGUGGUGACAUGAUCAAGAACAGGAUGGUGGACUGGGCUCUGGGAGAGUACAUGGCCUUUGGCUCUCUGCUCAAGGAGGGCAUCCAUGUGCGUCUCAGUGGCCAAGAUGCGGAGAGAGGAACCUUCAGUCACCGUCAUCAUGUUCUCCAUGAUCAAAAUGUGGACAAGAGGAUUUGCAUCCCCAUGAACCACAUAUCCCCUAACCAAGCCCCGUACACUGUCUGCAACAGCUCUCUGUCUGAGUAUGGAGUUCUAGGCUUUGAGUUGGGCUUUGCCAUGGCCAGUCCCAAUGCUCUGGUUCUGUGGGAGGCCCAGUUUGGAGACUUCCAUAACACAGCUCAGUGUAUAAUAGACCAGUUCAUCUGCCCUGGCCAAGCUAAAUGGGUCCGCCAGAAUGGCAUUGUCUUACUGCUGCCACAUGGCAUGGAGGGGAUGGGUCCAGAGCACUCGUCUGCCCGUCCAGAGCGCUUCCUGCAGAUGUGCAAUGACGACCCCGACUUUAACCCUAAAAUCACUGAUGACUUUGAGGUGCGUCAGCUGUAUGACUGCAACUGGAUUGUCGUAAACUGUUCAAAUCCUGCCAACUAUUUCCAUGUGAUGAGGAGGCAGAUCCUUCUUCCUUUCAGGAAACCUCUUAUUAUCUUCACCCCCAAAUCUCUUCUGCGUCAUCCGGAGGCAAAGUCUAGCUUUGACCAGAUGCUACCAGGCACUUAUUUCCAGCGUGUGAUCCCAGAUGAUGGACUCGCAGCUCAAAACCCCUCAGAGGUCAAGCGCAUUGUCUUCUGUACAGGAAAAAUCUAUUAUGAGCUUACACGUGAACGCAAAGCACGUAACAUGGAGAACUCUGUGGCUAUCACUCGCAUUGAGCAGCUCUCUCCUUUCCCAUUUGACCUGGUGAAGGCAGAGACUGACAAAUAUCCCAAUGCUGACCUAGUCUGGUGUCAAGAGGAGCAUAAGAACCAGGGAUACUAUGACUACGUCAAGCCCCGCAUGCGCACCACCAUCAAUCGUGCCAAGCCUGUCUGGUAUGCUGGCCGUGAGCCUGCCGCUGCCCCGGCCACUGGCAACAAGAACACCCAUCUUCUGGAGCUAAAGCGUUUCCUCGACACUGCCUUUAACCUGGACGCCUUCAAAGACCACAUCUAAAUCUGUCCUCCAAUCAACAAAGAAAACAAAAACUCACAAACACCCCUUUCAUCCCGGCAACCAAAUACACUACACCAAACCAUUUUAUUCAUCCCAUAAAUAAUAGUAAUACAGUUUAUCCUGUGUUCAGUAUCAUGUAUCCACAAUUUUCAGUUCAGUCUUAUUUACCCUUGUUGCCCAGUUCAACAACACAAAAAUAUAAUAAACCACAGAAAAUAAAUAAACAGCACAAAUUUAAUAAUGGACCUAAUGGAUUUUCAACCAAAGCACAGUUCAGAUCCUGCUAAGAACUUCCCCGUAUAGUAAUCGGCAUCUUUGCCUCCAAUUUCACUUUUUCCUAAGCUUUCAUGUAGGGUUGUCAUGAAUUCUGUAUGCUACUUGCAUCCCAACUUUCAACGGCUAUAUGGCUUUAAUUUGUAUGUUUGUUUUCUUUUGUUUUUUAUUUUGUUAGAAUAAGAGAGAAUUUUGGCACAUACAUUUGCCGUGUUUCAUUGGUGGACAAGAUUGUAAAGUAAGUGGUAAAAAUGACACUUUAUCUGUACCUUUGCACUGUUUUCUGGUAUGAAGAAAAAACAGUUGGUUCUCUCAAGUGGAUGUUGCAGUUGUAUGAUUGUAUUUAUGUAAAAAUUACUUUAUUCAGGGGAGAAAAGGCUUGAUGUCAAAAUCAGGACAGUGUGGAAAAUUCUUUGCGGCACAUUUACAUUACAGUAUGUGCCUCUUUUCUCGUCCAGUAUCAUCUAUAGAUUGCAUUGUAUACUCUGCACACUUGGCUAAUCAUUGAUGCAGCCUGAUGCAGACAAAAAUCCAUUCAUAACCAUCCUAGCCAUAUGAUAACUUGUGCCAUACAACCCAACCCAGCAGCAGGAACAUUUAAUAUGGCAAGACAGACAGAAUUACACCUGUUUGCGGUCACUCUUUUAAAUAGAAACCGGUUACAUCUUUUUGGCUUUUUCAAAAAGAAAGCAAAUUAUUUUAUUUAUUUUGUUUUUUGAGGAAUCAGAUUGUUCUUGUAACGGUUUAGCUUCAUACAAUAAACUCAUAAUCUUCUCAAA